ACAAAAGAAACAACUAUUCACUUCAUAUACCUUGUCAUUUCUCUCUCUCUCUCUCUCAAAUCUCUGCAACUACUCUCAUAAAUUUGAUCAAACCCCAUCUCAAAAGACAACCAGAAAUCUCAUUCUCUCUCUCUCUCAUCUGAAUAUUGGGUUGAAAUUGAAAACCCAAUCUUCCAAACUUCCUCUCACUCCCAAAAAAUUAUUGUAAACCCUCAAAUCUUUUCAUCAUCAGCUGUUGGAGUAGCUACAAUCCAAAUCCAAGAAUAUAUCUCAAAUCUCCAAAAAAAUUCAGAUACAAAAUCAACAAGAAGAAGAAGAAGAAAAAGAAGAUGGAAUUGUUUCCUUCUCAGCCAGAUUUGUCUCUCCAAAUUAGCCCUCCAAAUAAUUCUUCCACCUCCAAUGGCGGCUGGAAAAGACUAACCACUCCCUCCUCCACACCUCCUCACCCACAAAACCCUCUUGAUUUGGUGUUUUGGACCAAUAAGCCUUCUCCUCCACUACUUCCUCAAUUUAACUCCUCUAACCCUAAUUCCAAUUGCCUCCCCCACCUCCGCACUGCCACCGCCGCGAAUGGCGGGGGCAGUGGCGGUGGCGGUCUCUUUCACCGCCGUCUUCACGACCUUCACCAUCAAGGGCUUGGAUUCUUGAGACCCAUUAGGGGAAUUCCUGUGUAUCAGAACCCUCCUUCUUCUUCCUCUCCCUCCUCUUCUUACCCGAUAUUCGGCGGAGGAGGAGGCGGUGGCGGUGGCGGCGGUGGUCAGUUUAAUUAUAACGGCUUGCGAUCGAGGUUUCUGGCAAGGUUCCCGGCCAAACGAAGCAUCCGAGCGCCGAGAAUGCGGUGGACGACCACGCUCCAUGCUCGCUUUGUUCAUGCUGUUGAGCUUUUGGGUGGCCAUGAAAGAGCAACACCAAAAUCAGUUCUUGAGCUUAUGGAUGUCAAAGAUCUCACCUUGGCUCAUGUCAAGUCCCAUUUACAGAUGUAUCGAACUGUAAAAACUACUGAUAGAGCAGCUGCUGCAGCUUCUUCUGGGAAUUCAGAUGUUUAUGAUCAAAAUGGGUCAUCCGGGGAUACAACAAAUGAAGAUUUAACGUACGAAAACGAGAAGUCGUCGAGAAUGAGGCUCGAUGCUCCAACGACUGAUCAUGGACCGCAGCUCUCGCCCUCCUUUCACCAUGGCUUCCGGCAACCCGUCGUCGGAGGAGGACAAGAUCAUCAUCAUCGUUCUCAUAGGGACUUUCAUGCCCUAUGGAGCAAUUCUUCGAGCAGAGAAGCUUUGUUCCAAGGCAUAACAAAUGAUUCCUCUGAAAAUCAACCCUCUCAGCUUGAUCAGAGUUAUUUGGAAGCCAAGUGUUCAAGCCAUGAAAGAACAUCAGAUGGAAGCUCUUUGACAAAUCUUUCAGCAGGAACAAGCCCAGAAAAACCCAAUUUGGAAUUCACAUUAGGAAGAUCAAUCUGAGAUUUAAUUUUUCAAAAAGUGUAAAUUUACAAAUUUGAUGUGAGAAAGAGGAGAAAUUAAUUGUUUUUUUUUUC